GCUCAGUUAGCGGUGUGUGGUCGUAACAGCGGUGAGGAAGAUGUCGAAGUUGGUGCAGAUCUUUGGGAAAAACGGAGCAGAAUCUCCGGAGCCGGUGAACGCUAAAGUGACGGGAACCAUCCCGCCAUGGCUGCAGGGAACGCUGCUAAGGAACGGACCCGGACUUUUCUCCGUGGGCGACUCCGAGUAUAACCACUGGUUUGACGGCAUGGCACUCAUCCACAGCUUCACCUUCAUCAAUGGCGAGGUGACGUACAGAAGUAAGUUUCUAAGGAGCGACACAUACAAGAGGAACGUGAAGGCCGACAGGAUUGUCGUCUCUGAGUUUGGAACCAUGAUCUACCCCGAUCCCUGCAAAAACAUAUUCGCCAGGGCAUUUACACACCUCUCCAACGUGAUCCCUGACUUCACUGACAACAACCUGAUAAACAUCAUCCGCUAUGGCCAGGACUACUACGCCUCCUCCGAGGUCAACUACAUGAACCAGAUCGAUCCCGCAACCCUGGACACCAUUGGCAGGAUUAACUAUAGGAACCAUAUCGCCAUAAACCUUGCAACAGCUCACCCGCACUAUGACGACGAGGGCAACACCUACAACAUGGGCACCGCCAUCAUGGGCUUUGGUCGACCCAAGUAUGUCAUAUUCAAGGUGCCAGUUGAUGCUUCAGAUAAAGAGCACAAAAAGCCGGCACUGAGGAAAGCCCAGCAGAUCUGUUCGAUCCCGUUCCGUUCCACUCUGUUCCCGAGCUACUUUCACAGCUUCGGUAUGACUGAGAACUACAUUGUGUUCGUGGAGCAGCCCUUCAAACUGGACAUCCUCAAACUGGCCACCGCCUACUUCAGAGGGGUCAACUGGGGGAGCUGCCUCAAAUAUGACGAGAAAGACUAUGCUUGGUUCCACGUUAUCAACAGGAAGACAGGAAAGACCAUGUCCACACGGUACUACGGAGAUGCCUUUGUGGUUUUCCACCAUGUCAACGCGUACGAAGAUGACGGUCACAUUGUGUUUGACCUGAUCACUUACAAGGAUAGCAACCUGUACGACAUGUUCUACAUGCAGAACAUGAGGCAGGAGGCCGAAAACUUUGUGGAGGCCAACAAGGUCUUCAGCCCACCGAUCGUCAAGAGGUUUGUCCUGCCAGUCAACGUCCAUCGGGAAAGUCCAAGAGGAACAAACUUGGUGACUCUGAAAGACACGACAGCUCAGGCAGUGGUCCAAGAGGACGGCUCUAUCUACUGCCAGCCAGACACGCUCUUUGAAGGUCUGGAACUUCCUGGGAUCAACUACAAAUUCAACGCUAAGAAGUACAGAUACUUCUAUGGCUCCAGGGUGGAGUUCUCACCACAUCCCAACAAGAUCGCCAAGUUUGACAUUGUGGCCAGGAAGCACAUGCUGUGGGAGCAGGACAACUGUUUCCCCUCAGAGCCCGUGUUUGUGGCGUCUCCAGGAGCCACUGAGGAGGACGAUGGGGUGAUCUUAUCAUCAGUCAUCUCUCCCGAUCCAAAUGUCUCUCCGUUCAUGCUCGUCCUCAACGCCAAAACCAUGGAGGAGAUUGCCCGAGCAACCAUCCCCACCAGCGUCCACAUGGACCUUCACGGACAUUUCAUCCCGUCUAAAACACUAUGAGAAGAACCCAAGCCACUGUUUAAAGUUUUUUAUUUUAAUGCACUUUACAGGACUUGUUUGAGGAUGUUUUUGUUGCAUCUUUUCCUUUAUGACCCCCAGAGGAUGAACCCACAAAACCACACGACUAAGGAGACCCAUCAUCAGGGCAAUUCUGUUUUUGCUCAUACAAAUAAAAAUGUUUU